AUGAGAGUCAGCUACAAGCAUCAAACUGCUCAACAAAACUGUGGUGAUGACUCUGAUUUCCAUAAGGCGACAUGCAGCCCUCCCUCUAGCACUGCCAUCACAGCAAGAUUCUUCAAGUGUCUUCUGAAUGCUUCAAGUGCUCACAAGUCCCUGACUCCAUGCGAUUCACCUAGUCUCAAACACCCAUGUACUCGGCUCACUUCCCUUCAACUCCUACCAUCGAGUUCUUCGGUUAGUCCCUUCUACUUGCGGCUGUGA